UUUUUCAUAUUCCCGCGGUGUCAAUACGAGACAGAGCGCGUAAACGAAAAAUCCCCAAAUUUCUACAAAACCCUAAAAUCGUUUUAGUCAAAUCUCUAAAAACAAUUGAUUCCAUGGCGGAAGAAGAAGAGACGAUUCGACCGGAGUUUCCAAUCACAAGAGUGAAGAAGAUAAUGAAAGUCGACAAGGACAUCAACAAAAUCAACUCGGAAGCUCUUCACCUCGUCACGUACUCCACCGAGCUCUUCCUCCGCUUCCUCGCCGAGAAAUCUUCCGUAGUUGCGGCGGAGAAGAAGCGUAAAACCGUUAACCUCGAUCACCUGAGGACCGCCGUGAAGAGACACCAACCUACGAGGGAGUUUCUCCUCGACUCACUCCCUCUCCCUUCCGCUCAGCCCGUCCGAGUCACUAAAACGGUGUCGGAUAAGAAGCCGCCUCCUGUUGGGACACGUCGCAUCGACGCUUUCUUCAGUAAAGGCAAGGCGAAAGUUGAUUCUCCCUAAAACCGAAACUUCUUGUUUGCUCGAUUUUAAGAUUUGUAGUGUGAAUCUGGAUCGAGAGGAUUCUCCAUUUUGUGAUUCUUGUUCUGUUAAGUAGUAAAUGUUUUGUUUUAAUC